AUGGCAAGCCCUUCACUCAGAUUAGGGGGCAAGGUGGCCCUGAUUACUGGCGGAGCCCGUGGUAUUGGAGAAUCCAUUGCUAGGGUAUUCGCCAAGAAUGGAGCCAAGGUGGUAAUUGCGGAUAUUUUGGACAAACCUGGCCGCGCAGUGUGCCAAGACUUGGGUCCGAAAGUGGCCAACUUCGUCCAAUGUGAUGUGACAGAUGAGUCCCAUGUAGAAAAUACGGUGAACAGUGCUGUCACCAGGGACGGCAAGCUCGACAUAAUGGUGAAUAACGCUGCUGUGGGGGAUGAGAAAAAACCCAGCAUUUUGGACAAUCAAAAGUCAGAAUUUGAAAGGGUCGUCGGCAUCAACCUCACCGGUGUCUUCCUCGAUACCAAGCACGCAACCAGGCGACAACAUCAUCACAGUGGGAAGUGUCUCCUCGGCUUGGGCAGCAUGGCAUCACAUGCCCAUACAAGCACGAAGCACGCCGUGGUGGGGCUGACUAGGAAUGUUGCGGCAAAGUUGGGCCGCUUUGACAUUCGAGUCAACUGCCUCUCGCUCUUCAUUGCAACGCCACUACUGACGAUGAACUUUUUG